AUGCCGUCCGCACGACGUUUGCGUCUUCUAGGCAUCGUCGCCGUUGCCAUUCUUUUCACUUUGCUCUUCACAUCCCGCCUCCGCCAGGCUGGCGAUACUGAUGUAAACUCUAUUCAAGGGCUGUACCAUAAGACUAGGACCGCCAUCGACAGAGCACGCGCUGAUGGGCAAGCCGCCUUGCAGAGAUCCAAAACUGGAGCGGCUAAGGGUCAUCUAGCUGUAGACAAGGAUGCCGAUGGCGACGUUGAUCAAGACGACGAGGUUUUUGCCCAAGAAAUGUCAGACCGCCUGAGGGCCGCCGAGCAAAAAGCCAAAGAUUUAGCAAACUCAAAGUCGCCCAACAAGCCAGACGCACCUAGAAACAUUGUCGGUGUCGGCAGCUCAGCAGGUGGCCAGACUGCAAAGAAGAAGACAACCAAGCCGGCGCUAGCUGAGGCGGAAGCAGACGAGAAGCCAAUGGUGGAGACGAGCGAGGACAAGGAAGUCAAGGCGGAGCUCGACACGAUACUUCGGAAAUCUCCAGGCAAGUGGCCUAUUCGAGCCAAGGGUGUUCUGUUGGAAAAGUACAGCAUACAACCAGCCCCGUACGUCGUCGAGUUGGACCAGCACCCUCUCGGCCCACAGAUCCAGCAGAAGCUGGGUGAGAUGACCAAAAGGAAAACCGUGCCCAACAUUCUCGUCAAUGGCAAGUCCGUCGGCGGUGGCGAUGAGAUUACCGAGCUCGAUGCAACUCAAAAGCUUAUCACGACUUUUAAGUUUUACGGCGACAAACACAUUACAAUAAAGGAGCGCUUUCCCAAAAAGGAGGCUGCGGCAUGA